AGGAGCGGCCGCCCGCCCCGCCGAGAGGCGGGCGCGCUGGUGAUUUGCCUUCGCCGCCAGCAGCCCCGCUCCGGCCAGCCCGCGGGGACCGGGGCUGCAGCCGCAGGAGCAGCCCGCUCGCUCGCUCCUUUGCAAGGGACAGGAGGGGGGGGGGGGUGGAAAGUUUGCUGCUCUUCUUCCUCCUCCUUCUUCUUCUUCCCCCUGCCACCCGCCCCCCUUCCCCAGACGCAGACCCUGCGCGGCGUCCCCGGGCAGGGGCAUGGCGAACUGAGCGGCCGGGCCGGGGGCGGCCCCGCCGCACCUGAGCGGCGGCGGUGGCCGGGUCCGGAGGAGAAGGAGGAGGAGGAGGAGGAGUGGUGGUGGUGGUGGGGGGGGGGGCCCUGCCCCGCGGUGCCCCGCGGGCCGCCAUGCGCGGCGGCGGUGGCGGCGGCGGGGGCGAGCGCUGAGCCCCUGUGGCCUGGCUGCCCCCCGCCGGCCCGGGCGAUAGCCGCCGCCGCGGGGGGGCAGGGCUGGAGGGCGGCGGGGAGCCCCCGGGGAGAGGGGGAAGCGGGGACCUCGCCUGCCUCCGCCCGGCCGAGCGCCAUGCCGCGGCGGCUGGCCUGGCUGUGCUGCUGCUGGGCGCUGCUGAGCGGCGCCUGCCGCCCCGCGGAGCCCGCGCUGCCCGCCGAGGGCGGGGAGCCGCCGCCGCCCGCCGCCGCCUCGGGCUUCCUCUACCGGCGGCUGAAGUCGCACGAAAAGCGGGAGAUGCAGCGGGAGAUCCUGUCGGUGCUGGGGCUGCCCCACCGGCCCCGGCCGCUGCCGCGGGAGCCGCCGGCCCCGCCGCCGGGGCGGCUGACGGCGGCGCCGCGCUUCAUGCUGGAUCUCUACCACGCCCUGGCCGAGGGCGCGGAGGGCAGCGCGGGUGCGGAGCGGGGCGGCCGGCCGCCGACCCCCGCCCCGCCGCCGCCGCCGCUCCCCAGCGCGCAGGACAGCGCCUUCCUCAACGACGCCGACAUGGUCAUGAGCUUCGUCAACCUGGUUGAGUAUGACAAGGAGUUCACGCCUCACCAGCGGCACCACAAGGAGUUCAAGUUUAAUUUAUCUCAGAUUCCUGAGGGCGAGGCCGUCACAGCUGCUGAGUUUCGGAUCUACAAGGACUGUGUUGUGGGGAGCUUUAAAAAUCAAACUUUCCUCAUCAGCAUCUACCAAGUGCUGCAAGAACAUCAGAACAGGGCCUCUGACCUGUUUCUGCUGGACACGCGGGCAGUGUGGGCCUCGGAGGAGGGCUGGCUGGAGUUUGACGUCACUGCUACCAGUAACAUGUGGGUGGUGAACCCCCAGCACAACAUGGGACUGCAGCUGAGCGUGGUGACCCGAGAUGGUUUCAGUGUAAAUCCUAGAGAAGCAGGCCUUAUAGGCAGAGAUGGCCCUUAUGACAAACAGCCUUUCAUGGUGGCCUUCUUCAAAGUGAGUGAAGUUCAUGUUCGGACCACCAGGUCAGCAACGAGCAGGCGCAGGCAACAGAGUCGCAACCGCUCCACCCAGGCUCAGGACGUUUCCAGGGUGUCUAGUGUCACAGAUUACAACAGCAGUGACUUAAAAACAGCAUGCAGAAAGCAUGAGCUUUACGUUAGCUUCCAAGACUUGGGAUGGCAGGACUGGAUAAUUGCUCCGAAGGGCUACGCAGCCAACUACUGUGAUGGGGAGUGCUCGUUCCCACUCAACGCCCAUAUGAACGCGACCAAUCAUGCCAUCGUACAAACUCUGGUUCAUCUUAUGAAUCCCGAUUACGUUCCCAAACCAUGCUGUGCACCUACCAAACUAAACGCCAUAUCUGUUCUUUAUUUCGAUGAUAAUUCUAAUGUAAUCUUGAAGAAAUAUAGGAAUAUGGUAGUAAGAGCUUGUGGAUGUCACUGACAAAACAGUCUUCACAUGGACUCUGUGAUUCUGCCAUGACCUUCCAUACUACCUUCCAUGCUUUCACAAACUACCUGACCUUGGAGGAAAAAAAGUAAUUGAUGAACCAGCUUUCAGAACACCACGUAUGUGCCUUGGGGGAGGAAGGGGUGCGGGGACCACACGCUGGGGAGUGAGCAAACUGCCGGACUGUGUCCAGCCUGACCCUACGUUGCGGGGGCUGCUCGGCUCUGCAGACCCAGGGCAUGCAAAGCAGCAAUAUACCCACACGCUUUAUUUGGCUGGGUGUGUGCUGCAGUUUUACGAGACAGACACCCAAAACAAAACGAGAGAGGUGGGUUUGGUUGUUUUUUGGGGGGGGGGGGGGGGGGGGAAGACAAGGAGGGAGACAGGGAAGCUUCAGUAAAGAAAGUGGCGUUAGUUCUUCAGACGUAGAGCAUAUAUCUUGUACAAGAUAAUAAAAAAUUCCUAAUUUAGGAAUUGCCUUUUGUCUAGAAGGGCCAGUUACUACACCUAGACUGUUAGUCUCCUGAAAUCUGUCGUGACUGUAAGCAUCUUAAAUUGUGCCAAAGCAAAAGUUUCAGUUCUCUUAUUCUCCAAGCACAGUUUAAGUCUGAUCCUGCAAGUGUAAGAUGGCUUGGCUGCACCCUGUGUUAGAAACACCAGCACGAACUCAGACCCUGCCUGGUCUUUCCAGUUCGCUAUUUGACUGAGCAAUGUAACUUUAUACACUUGUUCUUAUGCAACUUCCUUCCACUCCCCACGCGGAGCUGCCUCAUCCACUACCACUGGCCCAGGAAGGAAGUUGGGACGCUUCUACAGCUGUAAUUCAGACGUAAAAGUUUAGGGGGCCAUUCAUUCUCUAGAUGGACAAUUUAUUUACAGGAAGACAGAAUGUCAACAACAUAUGCAAGUCUUUGGCCAACCUUUUCCCCUUCAACUCACGCAACUAACAAACUGGUAUAAAGGAUACAUUCACAGUGUAGCCACGGUUUGUCUAGCAGAAGCUAAUAGCAAAUUGUUUUGCUCCAUAUUAAACUUGUAUUAAAUGCACUUACCUCUAAUUCUUGCAUUUAAAAGGCUUCUUGUAAAUACAAGCUAUAAUUUAUUGCACUUGUCAUUGUAUAUUCAUUGUGCUGUAUCAUUUAUAGAAAGACUGCUUUUUUUAAAAAGUUUUUAUUUAGAAAAAUCUCAGUGUAAACAAUUGUACCACUCUGAUUUUAUACAAGAAACUCAUGAGAUUGUGCUUCACUAGAAACUUGUUAAAAACGUGAUAAUAAAGGCUUCCUUUAAGGCAGAAGUAUAUACAUUGAUCCGAUACAUCUGCCAGUAUACCACUUAGCUUUCGCUGUGGCUUUUUUACCCUUACAAUUUUCAGUUUGAACAGAAUCAAAAGUUCUGGACAGAGAGUGAAGAGAAGUACCAGGAGACAUUCACUGAUUUAAAAGUUUGUGCUGUUUUGCCUUUUUUU